AUGGGCAGAGAUAAAAACCGUCUUGUGAUUGUUAUUCAUCAUAUACCAGGUAAAAAAAAUAACGGUCCUAUAAUAAGUAACAACGAUGCCAUAUUUGGCAUUUGCGUCUUAGAAGCGACUAAUAUUACUUCUCAAGUGGAAAAUAAUUCAGACAUAGGAACGGCUAUUUCUGAUCAAAUAUACACCCAUAUGUCAAGGGUUUGCACAGUGAUUUUUUAUGGCAGUAAAGCUAAAAAAAAUAAAACGUAA